CUCAGAUUGUUAAAUAGGUGUCACUUUACCAGAGUACAGUUUAAGCAGGUCAGAAAAGUUCUCCCCCUUCACUCAGGCACAAGUCAGCAAAGAGGAGGCAUUGUAUAUAAGCAAGGGGGAGAGGGCGAAAGAGAAAGGUUUCUUUAUUUCCUCAUCAAGAAUAUUGAAGUCUGUACUGCAAGGUGUUACAUCUGAGGCUCAGAGAUACAGUUGUUGAUAUAAACAUUCAGGACUUUUCUCAAGUUGAAGAUCAUUCCAUUCAGGGUCUGGUGCACUUGCUGAAGCUUAUUUAGUGUCCUAUCUCCUUAUAAACAUUCCAUCGGUUACCAGCUCCCAGUCCUGGGGCAAUUUGACCAUUUGAUAUCUGUAGACAAAGACAGAAAAGGACAAAGAUAGUGACACCUUGGGAAAGGAGAUUAUAUCUGGUCAUACUUGAUGGAGCCGCAGGCUAUGGUGCCAGGGUACGGAACAGCUAAAUGUUAUUGUGAUUAGUAGGGGAAACUUAAGAGAAGAUUCAGUUAUAUUACCUUGGUGACAGUUAUAUUACUUUGGUGGGUAUUGUAUCAGUGAUACAGACAAGCUGGGUGAAGCUUUGAAUGAGCUGCCUUCAGUUAUUUUGCUAGAUGAGAGGAGCUCUGCAGAAUUAAGUAAAAAAUAGCAAAAAAGUGAUUUUUGCCACACUUGCCACAAUCAGUACAGGGAAGACAACCAAAUCAUCAAAGGCAUAAAUCCUAGAAUUCACUUUGAAAGAUAAUGCCCAUAUAUACCUGCAGGCAGGGAUAUUAUAAUUACCCUGAAAAAAUUAGUCCCAUAAAUUGAUCAUCAAAGAUAAUUGAGGAAUUUAUUGGCUCUGCGAACAACUGCUGUGUCAUAAAGCGGAGGUGCAUGCCUUUCAGUGUGGGAACUCAGUGGAAUGACAGCAUGAGCUCUGACAUCUCGAGUAAGAUUGAGUAAUAAGGUCAUGUCGCUGACUUCGACUGCGCUGACAGCCACUGGGAAGGAGUAGGACUAGAUCUUCACAGCCACCUCUGUUGUGGACUAUAUAGUAAUACUGGUGUCAAAUCUGGGCUGUUAUUGUCAGUUGGUGGUUUAUGCCAUCCACAUCAUGGUAAUGACCUGCCUGAGGGGAUGAUACAGUGUGAUGAGCACUGUUUUACUCACAGUGACACAAUAUUUGAAGUAGAAGUGCCACUGUGUUGAUCAGUCAUACUCUGAGCAUUUGACUACUCCCGAAUAAUUGCACUCUACCCUAUUGUACUGAGCAGAGGUGUGUGAAAAACUGACAGCAAGGCUCAUUAAUGUAGACAGACAUACAACUCUGGAGCAUGGGAUUUUUGUGGGUUAUAAAUUAGGUGAAGUUGGAGGGUCUGGGAUAAUAACAUAUCGCAAGUUGGAUGAUUUUUCUCAUAACCAGCCACGCCACAGAAUCUUGCCAAUUUUUUUAAUUUAUAAGUGUACAAUCUAGCACUUGUACUGUUGACAGGAAAAUAUAGCUGCAGUGGUGGCAGCUCCCAGAGUUGUACAGGAAAUAUACAGCUGAUUAGUGUUGCCGAGGGCACAGUGACCACGUUGUAGUAUUACUGUAGGUGGAUUCACCACGGGACAGUGCUGCUGCAGGGAGUUUGACGCUGACGGAUUGCUCUGUCUGUUCAAGUGGAACUGGGCGAUGUAAGAAGGUACUGUGAACAGGAAUGACUUGGUGAGUAGGAUGUAUUAGAUCCCUUGCUCUCCGCGGGAGCCCUAUUGAAGGGAGGAAUAUGAUGGAGAAGAGGUAACGCUCAGGAGGAAGCAAGCUGACACUUAGGGCCACAGAAAAGUGGGCUAAACUUUCAAAAGCUGAUAAAACUAGUGUGGAAAUAGGAUUGAAAUACAAAGGGAAACACCAACCAGGCAUGCUCCCUUUAUAGAAACUUCUCUCUCUGUCAAUUCGUGAGAACAGGAUAUUUUUUCUUUACAUUCCGUCAUAUGAUUUAUAUGUAUGUCUGUAUGUAUGCCUUCUAAAAAGACCACGCUGCUGGCUGCAGCUAAGGCUGCCACAGUGGAGAAGAGACAGCCAGCCAGCUACGAGGGGGACGGGAAACCAAGGAGAAUGACACUGAACCCUGGGGACGGGAUCAGGUACCUGGUCCACCAUACGUACGGGGGCUACCAUUGUAACAGAAUGGAGGACCAGAACACAGAAGACCUGUACCGAUCCAUAAACCAUGCGGAACGCAUGAUCCGCAAGGUGGAAGUCUAUGCACAAAAACGUUUACUCUGUGAUGUCGUCCUGCUCGUGGGAGAGCGCACCAUUCCAGCUCAUAGGCUCAUUCUCAGUGCAGCUUCCGAUUACUUCGCUGCGAUGUUUACAAAUGACGUCCGCGAGGCCACACAAGAGGAGAUUAGGAUGAAGGACGUUGAUUCCGAUGCCCUAGCUGCUUUAGUACAGUACAUGUAUACUGGAAGAAUUGAGCUGCGAGAUGAGUCUGUGGAGAGCCUUCUGUCCACGGCCUGUUUACUCCAGCUUUCUGAGGUGGUAGAGGCAUGCUGCGGCUAUCUCAUGAAGCAGCUUCAUCCUUCCAACUGUUUAGGAAUACGGCAGUUUGCCGAUGCUCAGGGAUGUACAGAUCUGUAUAAAGUCGCCAAUAACUAUGUCAUGGAAAACUUUUGUGAUGUGAUGCAAAAUCAGGAGUUCUGUGAGCUGUCAGCAGAUGAGGUGUCCAAACUCCUGACAAAUGACGAUCUGAACGUGCCAAAUGAAGAAAUGACUUUUCAUGCGCUGUGCACGUGGGCAAAACACGACAUGAGCACACGCAAAAAAUACCUCAGUAAAUUACUCGCCAAUGUCAAACUGCCAUUAUUACCUCCACAGUUCAUUGCGGACCACGUAGAAACUAAUGCUCUAUUUAAGGAAGACAGAGAAUGUCAGGAACUGAUAAUGGAGGCCUUGAAGUACCACCUCCUCCCCGAACGCCGCCAUUCCCUCCAAAGUCCUCGCACCAAGCCGCGGAAGUCCACGGUGGGCGUCCUGUAUGCCGUAGGAGGGAUGGACUGCACCAAAGGUGAGUGUGCCACCAGCAUAGAGAAAUAUGACUUCCGUGCCAACACCUGGACCCAAGUGGCCAAUAUGAAUGGCCGACGUCUGCAGUUUGGGGUUGCCGUCCUGGAGGACAAGCUGUUCGUGGUGGGGGGCAGGGACGGCCUGAAGACCUUGAAUACUGUGGAGUGUUAUGAUCCCAGGAAGAAGACGUGGAGUCUAAUGCCACCUAUGUCAACACACAGGCAUGGACUGGGUGUUGGGGUAUUAGAGGGUCCAAUGUAUGCAGUAGGGGGCCAUGAUGGCUGGUCCUACCUGAACACAGUGGAGAGGUGGGAUCCCCAGGCCAGGCAGUGGAGCUAUGUGGCCCCCAUGUCCACACAGAGGAGUACUGUAGGAGUCACUGUCAUGUGUGGGAAAUUGUAUGCAGUUGGAGGUCGUGAUGGCAGCUCAUGUCUCAGGUCCAUGGAGUGUUUUGAUCCCCACACCAACAAGUGGAACCUCUGCGCGCCCAUGUCCAAGAGGCGUGGUGGGGUGGGUGUGGCCUCUUUUAACGGCUUUCUCUAUGCAGUGGGCGGCCAUGAUGCUCCGGCCAGUAAUCCAACUUCCAGUAGAUUUGACUGUGUUGAAAGAUAUGACCCCAAGACAGACGUAUGGACCACGGUGGCCCCUAUUAGCUCUAUGAGGGAUGCUGUGGGGAUGUGUGCCCUGGGGGACAGGCUGUUCUGUGUGGGAGGAUACGACGGGACGCAGUACCUCGCUGAUGUAGAAUGCUACGAUCCAAAUACCAAUGAAUGGACAAAGGUCUCUCCAUUGUGCACGGGGCGUGCAGGUGCAUGUGUGGUUCACAUACGGCACACACAGCUCAUUUGACAGGAGGCUUGCGGGUCACGGUACGGGGCCUCGCUGUGGCCCGCAGAUGGAAAAUGCAGGAUCUCCCCGGCUCAGAGACGCAGCCCCCGUCUCACCCCCACGCUACCUCUAAAUUCCGUAUUCCUGGGCAAUGAGAGCGACUCUUCUGGAUCAGAGGGGGAGCUGUUCAAGAGGUCUUUACGAAUUAUAAAAGAAGAGCAGCCACCACCUUUAGAGACGGCACUUUGAAGGAGAAGUGUAUGUUAGAGACGCGGCUCUCAUUUCCACAGUGUUAACAUGGCUUCCAAACUUGCACACUCAGAGGAAAAUUCACUUAGAAAAUUUCUCACACAGCUUGCUAUGUGAUCCAAAAGUCUUUUGCUGUAGUGGGAAGAUGUUGCCAGCUUCCAUUUUGAUUGGCUGUGAAUGGCCUUUUAGAAGUAUAUCAGGCUGUGGAACUGUGCUGCCAUCUAUAUUUGAAAACUGGUUUCACUUUGCCAUUAGUGUGCAUUAUGGUCUUUCAGAGAAUUGAAUAUGGCCCUGGUAAAACUGCAGUUUACAUUCAGCUGUUAUGUCUUAUCUUUUUGUAUUUUCCAACUGAGAUCAUAGAAGGGUUCAUGUUGAAGAUAUUUCUUUUCCGUCGAACAUUGUUAACAUCAGAAGCUGUGCUUCAUUGUUGAAGUAUGCACCCAUGCACCUGUUCUGAAAUAUGCAAUCAAUUUUUAAGAGUGCCUUUCUUGAAUGCACGGCGUUUCCACACUCUCGUCUUCUCAAUACUGACAGAGUCAGUUUAUACACGCUUUUCUGAUUGUGAUCUCAAUCUUAAUUGUUUGAGUGAUAUGGUUUACAGGUGAAGAAAAGUGAAGGGGAGAGGGGAAAAAUGAUGCAGUGGGCAGUAAUGAUGAAGAAUGUGAUUUAUAUUGAUAUCAUAUUCUAAUGAGGAUGAAAUACUCUCUUGUUAUUAUAUUUAUUAGCGUCUGAUUUUGCAGCAUAAUUAGAUCUGUCCAUGAAGCUUGGGAAGAACUAAGUACAGGAGAGCUGGUAUCUUCUAAAAUAUUCACAUAUUUUUUAAAAAUCUCAUAGUGAAACUCUAGUGAAAGAAUAUUUGUAUGUAUUAUGAAAGAUCAAUCAGACGACAUUUGGCUGCAUUUUGGCAAUAAUUUAAUGACCUUUGUUCAAGUAGUCUGCUAUGGGACAGAGUAGAAAAUAUUUUAUUUCAAACUUUGAACAUAAGCCCAGCAAAUCAGAGCAGUCAUGAUAGUCUUAUGCGUUUGAUGAUUGUUUGGCAUAUUUGUAGCAUUAAAUGUGCUGAAGAAUCUAGACUCAGCAGCUAGUUUUUUCGUUACCCAUGCUUUUUUGAUUUAGCUUACUAACAAUUGGUAGGGUGUAAUCCACUUAUGUGAAGUAGCCAAUUUUGAUGUAUGCCUGAAUCCUUCUGUGAAGGAAAAGUUUCAAAAUAUGUCAUCUGUAAAUACUGCAAGGUCAUCCUUGCCAUCUUGUUAUAGUUAAUAUCAACAGGUUAUGGCUUCUUUUGUAAAUAUGUAUUAUACUUCAUCAAGCAAUAAGUGGUGAAAGCAGGUGUUUUUUAUUCUGGAGAAUGUAAGGGAGUUUUAAUUUCCAAGGUGAUCUGAAGAAGAGAAAAAAAAUUGAAAAAGGUCAAGCAAAGGCAGCUUCAGUUAAGUAAGGGAACAUUUUAGGCUCAACAGAUUUAACCUAGGGAAGUAUAAGAUUUUGAACCUAGUACCCAAAGAUGUGACAGUAGAGACAGGUAAUUAGUGAUGUUAUUUUCAUCCCAAAACAUUUCAGAAUAUAUCCUCUUUUUGGUCAGUAAACCCCAGUUGCUGUGAAAUGGAGAACCAUUCUGUACCUGGGGCUAGAGAAGAGCAGUUUCACCAGUGAUAUUGGGGUAUAUUUCUUUGUUUUUCAUUUUAUGAUAGUUUAAAAUUCAGUUUCAAUCAUGGACAGAACGGACAGGCUGCUUUUGGUGGCUUUUUGACAUAUAACUAGGACAAAGCGCAAGUUUACUGCAACUUUUGUCUUCAUUGUUAUGAUGCAGGGACCUGUAUCACACAAAAAGUUUUUGAACUUAAGUUUUACUGCUAAAGUUGGACAGCAGACAGUGCAGUCCACUUUCCCGUAUUGACUUAGGAGCUUUACGAAAGAUGGUCCACAAUAAAUGUAUUUGAAAUUCCUAAAUGGGCUAAAGUUGCCACUGAGACCAUCACAAUGCAUGUAUGAGGCUAAGAAAAAAAGACCAAAAAUAAAUUGAGCAGCCUUUGUGUAACACGAUUUAGGCUAAGAUUUCAGUCUAAAAGCUGACUUGAGACUUUUUGUGAAAUGGGUUCCUGCUGUCAUACCAAGUUGAUUUAAGAAAUCCAUCAAAAGUCACUAGGCAGCCAGAAUAGAGGCACCGUUGCUCCUUAAGAUAUCUGGUCAUGUGCUAACACAUUUAAGACCUCUUUGCAGUCAAGAAUAUUUCUUGUCUAAACACAUAUGAUGUCAAGAGGUCAUAUCAGUAUUUCAUUGGUCUAUAUGUUGUGUCAAGUGCAACAAAUGCUUUGACCCCCUCAGUCGUGUUUCUCACAAGUGCAAUUGUAUUUGUAAACUGUUAUAACAUUAUAUGAACACAGUUAAAUUUAGUAAUAAAGUUUCAAAAUAUAUUACGUUUU